GUCUUCUUUCCCGUCCCAACCGUCGACCGCGGACCGGAUCGAGGUUUAAGCGGAGAGCGUCUAAACCCCCGUUCCGCAGAGCUUGACCGUUUGUCGUUUCCGCGGAAGAGGCUGCUUGCAGCUGACGCCACGCUCCUCGCGGCGACAUCGCUCUCCUCUUUCGCGCAGGAUCGAUGGCGCUGUUGCGGAUUUUGGGUUCAGGCGCUGUCGCAGUGUAGAAUGCGAAUUGUGGAUUAGGGGGAGCUGUUGCAGUGGCUCGGGGCAUGAUUCUUUCAUUCGGGUCGUGCUUCUUCUCGACCCGAGGUUCACGUUUUCUCGGUAGGUGCUGGUGAAGAAAGGAUGGCCGUGUGGCUGCGGGGUCGACGAGCAGAGGAAGACGAAGGUGCGAGCGAUGAAAGUGGUGAUACGGAUUGACGACAAGAUUUUUCUCGGUUCUUCGCGCUGGAGGUCGUGAGAAAUGGCCAGUUGGAAGAUCGAAUUUUGGGCACACCGUCCGUGCGUGUGUCCGUCGGCAGAAUGCCCCUCGAGUUUAGAGCCGAGGAUGGCGUCUACGAGAAUGGGGGCACCUCUUGUGGGUAUACAGUCGAACCAGUUCAAGGAUUUGGCUUGUGGCUCUUCUCCCAUAGUUGCUUGUUCGAUUGCUUCGAGGAGCGGUCGAGUGCGAGGGAGGAUCAGAUCAGGAAUAUUUCAUGAUUUGAGAAGCGGAGACAUUUUUCUGGAUAGAGCGAGAGGCACCUGCUUUCUGACAGCAGCAGCAGCUGUUGGUGCUGCUGGUGAUGAUGAAACAGGGGAUAUAGAUAGUGAAUUACAGGUGGAAGCUCGGGCAGCCGUCGUCAAUGUACUGUUGGCAGCUGGGCUAUCAGAAGAGAAGGCGUCGACGAUAGUGUCGGCUGCACCAGGAUUUUUGGCUGAUCUCGUUCGAACUUACAAGGAUUUGGAGCAAGAACUGGAGGAUUUAGAACAGUUGCAAUUCACAGCGUCGAGAAAAGUCGGAAAGUCAUCGCUAGAAGAAUCCUUGUCUAAUGACUCGAAGGCUCGUUUGCAGCAGCUGGCUUCCAAAUCGAACGGAUUUGCUCCAUUGCUGGAAAGCUUAGGUGUGAGUCUGCCCAGCGUUCCGAGGAUUACGCAUACGCUUUCUUCGCAACGGCUUCCUGAUGUCAUGCGAAAGAUUGAGUACAUCGAAGAACUAUUAAAAUCAACCGUGCAUGACGGUAGACCAGUGGAUGACCUUAUGCGGCAUAUGAUGAAAAACCUAUCCUUGAGUCCAGAUGAAGAACUUCAACGAACCCUAUCAUUCUAUGAAAAGCUAGAAGCUCGGCGAGGACUGGGUGCCUUGAAGGAAGCGCCUUAUGCCCUCCUGCAGCUAAUUGAUUCAUUCCCUCAAAUAUUUACUAGGGACUUGGUGAAUGAGAUUAAACCUGCAGUUCAUCUCCUGGAAGAGUAUGGCGUACCAAGGGAAAAACUCGGACGUGUCAUUUUAUGCUUCCCUCCAUUGUUGUUAAAGGACGUUACAGCCGAACUGCGACCAAGAAUGAAAGAGCUCAAAAAGGUCGGUGUGGCUGCACGAAACUAUGGACGAAUGAUUUUAAAAUAUCCUUGGCUUUUGAGUCAAUCUGUGGCAGAUAACGUAGAAGAAACUUUCAAGUUUUUAGAUUCAAAUAAGGUACUUAAAUCAAAGAUCGAUGGAAUAAUCACUAGGUGUCCUCAGCUCUUGGGAUUUUCGUCAAGGGCUGCCCUUGUUCCUAUGAUUCAACAUCUUGAGAAAUGUGGAGUAAAAAGUAAGCGUUUGGGCCGAGUUAUUGCGCUGGCGCCACAGAUUCUGACAAUAACACCCCAGGAAUUUGAUGAUGUGGUGGCGUUUUUGAACGGGUAUGGUUAUGAUCCGGAAGAUAUUGACAAGCUUCUGAGAAGAGCACCUGAAAUAUUCGCAGCAAAUAUCGAAGGCACUCUGCAACGAAAAGUAGAUUUCUUGCUGGAGCUUGGUAUCAAACCUGCGAAGCUAUUUCGAAUCAUAAAAUUUUACCCCGAGAUCUUGUCGAUGAGUGUAGACGAUGCCUUGAGACCGAGAGUGACCUAUCUGCGGAACAGGGGUUUUGCUAAUCACGAAAUUUCUCGCAUGGUAUUCAAGUUUCCUCCCCUAUUAGGUUAUAACGCUGAAUCUGUUCUCAGUCCCAAACUAGACUUUUUGACAGAAACAAUGAAGCGGCCGAUUAAGGAUGUGGUACAAUAUCCGAAAUUUUUCAGUUUCUCCUUGGAGAAGAAGAUAAGACCUAGAGCUAGAGUGCUUGCAAAUCGGCAAAUAGAGUGCGAUCUGCAGUCGAUGUUAGCAAAAAAUGAUGAUCAGUUCGCAGCCGAGUUCUUAGGCUUUGAAACCAUGUACCUCCCUCCUCUAAAGUGAAUAGGGAUAUAAGAUUACGAAUACAGAAAGAGAUGGCUCCAUUGCCGUCAUACUGACCAAAUUUUAAUACCAUAGAAUCAUGAUCUUCGGAGGAGAAAUCUGCUUCCGACAAUAGAAUUUUGUGCAUGGCAUCUUCAUCUGGAGCCUCACACAGGCUGUCAUGAAAUCCGGAGCAACAGCAUCAUUCUCCAUCAGUGAGGAAAUGCUCACUACACGCGGAGGAUACUGGACACAAAUGCAGGGCCUUGCAAUUGAAGAGCGAAGCUCGUCUCCAGUAGAACGGGCGAACUCAUUCACUAGUACAACGAAGAUGAGUGAGUCAGUUAACGAUUACGGCCUCGAGUUAUUUGCAGGAAGCCUUCGGUGAGAAGGUGUCCACAUCAUAUACUUCCCGAGUUUUGGACUAGUUGCAGGUCCGCCCAUUCUAAUCCUAAUCGUCGAUGUGUUAAGGGUGCAGGCAGAUCAGUAGUGCAGGCAGACUUCAAGUACAAGGUGAAGGAGUACAACUUCGGUACCGUGCAAUAUUUUCACGGCUUAGUUUUUCCCCUUGUUCUCAUUGUCCAUUUUUUUUCUCCCCAUCGUGUGAGCUUGAACGGAUCACUUUAUUUGAAAGUUUCAAAUGAAGUUUCGACGCAUUGAUAUUGCUUUCGCCUGAGCCACCUUGUGCGGUGAAGUCCAGCCAGUUACGAGGAGUACGAGCUUGCUUCGGCAAUAAUUCUCUUGAGGAUCAGGGGGGUCAGGGAAUAGACCCAACUAUGUCGAGGGACGUCAUCGGUGAAGAUAGACCAGUUUGACGACAUUUACGCCAGCACACUUGGUCAUUCAUGGCGGGGUCACAGAAUAUAUGCCCCUUAUCACAUGAGGGUCGAAAUAUUAACACACUUAUCAUGGAUGUGUCUUGAUCUGGAUGUCA